UCUGAGCUCAAAUCCCCGUGAGGUCUGAGAAUGAGCUCUGCUCCUUCUCUCUGAUGCACUCGAGCUAAGGGCCGUCCUGGUGGAUUUGCCCCUGACCCAGCGGAGCGUUUCCAGCGCCAUCCCCGCUCCACGCCCAUCAUGCUGAUCAAAGAGUACCGCAUCCCCAUGCCCAUGAGCGUCGAGGAGUACCGCAUCGCUCAACUCUACAUGAUUCAGAAAAAGAGUCGUGAAGAGAGCGAAGGCGAGGGCAGCGGGGUGGAGAUCCUGGAGAACCGACCCUACAUAGACGGCCCAGGCGGCUCUGGUCAAUACACCCAUAAGGUUUACCACAUAGGCCAACACAUCCCUAGCUGGUUCCGCUCUAUCCUGCCAAAAGCCGCGCUUCGUGUGGAAGAGGAAUCCUGGAACGCCUACCCAUACACUCGUACACGCUACACGUGUCCUUUUGUCGAAAAGUUUUCCAUCGAUAUCGAGACGUACUACAAGCCGGACACGGGUUGCCAUAAUGACGUCUUCAACAUGUCCUCGGCCGAAAGGAGACAACGGGAUAUAGAUCCUAUCGAUAUUGUGAAAGAUUUCAUUGCCCCUCAUGAGUACCUAGUUGAAGAGGACCCUAAACUCUACAAGUCGAAUAAAACGCAGCGGGGCCCCCUGUCUGAUGACUGGAUCUCGGAAAUCAACAUCAACCCAGGCAAAAUGCCCGUCAUGUGCGCUUACAAGUUGUGUAAAGUGGAGUUUCGAUACUGGGGCAUGCAGUCCAAGAUUGAGCGCUUCAUUCAUGAUGUGGGGCUGAGGAAGGUGAUGGUCCGCGCUCAUCGACAGGCCUGGUGUUGGCAGGAUGAGUGGUACGGUCUGACCAUGGAGGACAUCCGACAACUGGAGCUGGAGACCCAGCUGGCUCUGCAACAGAAGAUGGCACAGUACAGCUGCAACGAGGAGGGCGGCGAGAACAACGGCCCCGUCACCGGCUCCGAGAAAGAGCUCGAAGCCAAGGAGGCCAACAGCUCCACCGAAGCGGAGGGCACGACGAGGACCAUGGGGGACACGCUGCAGGCGCGAGGAGAGCUGACCAAGCAGUGGUCCACCUCUUCCAGGUCCUCACGUUCCUCAAAGAGGGGCGGAAGCCCUUCACGCCACAGUAUUUCUGAAUGGCGCAUGCAGAGCAUCGCCAGAGACUCGGAGGACAGCACAGACGACGAGUUCUUUGAUGCACACGAGGACUUCUCUGACAACGAGGAGAUCUUCACCAAGGAGAUCACCAAGUGGAGCUCCAACGAUCUGAUGGAUAAAAUCGAGACCGCCGAGUCAGAGGAAGCUCAGGGUGAUUUGUAUCAAGAACCUGGGACUGCCGGCGGGGAGCGACUCAAUGAGAGACCCAGGCCCAUGCGGCGCUCCACCGCCCGUAAGCGCCGCCGUACACCACGCAGACGCCCAGCUGACGGUUCCUCACAGCAGUGUUUACAGCCGUCUAAGAUCCACGUCCUCCUCCUGGUCCUGCAUGGCGGGAACAUCCUGGACACGGGCAGCGGAGACCAGAACAGCAAGCAGGGGGACGUCAACACCAUCGGCGGCGCGUUUGAUGCAGUGAUGCGGGUUCAUUACCCAGCUGCAUUGGGCCGCAUCGCCAUCCGCAUGGUUCCCUGUCCAGCCGUGUGUGUGGAGGCCUUCUCUCUGGUGUCAAAUUUGAGUCCCUACAGCUAUGACGAAGGCUGCCUCUCCAACAGUCAGGAUCACAUCCCUCUGGCCGCCCUGCCCCUAUUGGCCACCUCUGCACCACAGUACCAGGACGCCGUGGCAACGGUCAUAGUGCGAGCCAAUCAGGUCUACGGUGACUUCAUCAAAUCCCUGGAGGGGGCCACUUUCACUGGCCAAGUGUGUCUGAUUGGUGACUGUGUUGGAGGGAUUCUGGGAUUUGAUGCUCUUUGCAGCAGCAACAUCACAGUGUCAGAGAGUCAAAACAGCAGCCGGCGUGGCAGCAUUGUCAGUGUGCAGGACAAUGACCUGUUGUCACCAGGGAUCAUUAUAAACAGCACUCACUGCUCGGGUUCUGGCUCGGGUUUGUCUCUGGAGGGAAGUCGGCACCUCAGCCGUAGUAAUAUAGACAUUCCACGUUCCAGCGGUCCAGACGACCCUAAAAGACAGCUGCCCCGGAAACGCAGCGACUCCUCGACCUACGAGCUGGACACCAUCAAACAGCACCAGGCCUUCCUGACCAGUCUGCACUCCAGCGUUUUGAGGAACGAUCCGGGUUCACGGCGGUCCAGCAGCAGUACCAUGCUGGAGGGAGGUGGCGCUCUGGGAAAGUUUGACUUCGAAGUGUCCGACUUCUUCCUCUUCGGCUCUCCACUAGGCCUGGUCCUCGCUCUGAGGAAAACUGUGGUCCCUUCUUUGGAUGUGGCUCAUCUUCGCCCGGCUUGCCAGCAGGUUUAUAACCUGUUCCACCCCGCGGAUCCCUCCGCCUCUCGUCUGGAGCCACUGCUGGAGAAGCGUUUCCACCUGUGCAUGCCACCGUUUAGCGUCCCCCGAUACCAGCGCUUCCCACUGGGUGACGGGCAGUCAGCCCUGCUGGUGGAAACCAUCCAGAGUAACCCUCACCUCCUGUUGGAGAGUGUGAGCUGUGCCGCCCAGCGCUUUCAGGAUGGCAUCAGCGAGACUUCCAUUCCCGUCCCUGUGCUCAACUGGCAAGCCAUGCCGGCCCCCGCCGAGUCGGACGUGAUGCAGUCUCACAGCAUUAUGUUUGGGGAUCACUCCAAUCCUUCGUCUCCGGGAUCCAUUCCAGCCUUCCGUGGGGCUCGCAGGGGCAGUGAGACCAGCAUCGCCAGCCAGGUGUCAGGGUUAGCGGACAGUUACACCGCCUCCAACAUCGCCAACAUAACACAAGCAUGCCAACUUAGACUCUCCAAAAAGCUCAGUCUUUUGUCCCAAUUGGCCCUCCCCUAUAAUAAAAUGAGCUCCCGAAGCCCCUCCCACAAAUCCUGCAAAGCACAAAAUAAGCGUCCGCUAGAAAGGCAGGAUUCCAGCUGUUUGGAUGAUACAGAGCAGAGCAUCUCUCUAGGCUUUGAGCCCUCACCCUCGCUCUCCUCAGACCCGCCAUCACCGUGUGUCCCGCUGGACAUCGAGCAAGUCGCUGCACGCUGGUGGGGAACCAAGCGCAUCGAUUUCGCCCUGUACUGUCCCGACGCUCUGACUGCGUUCCCCACCGUGGCUCUACCUCACCUGUUCCACGCCUCCUACUGGGAAUCAACGGAUGUGGUGUCUUUCCUGCUCAGACAGGUAAUGAGGCAUGAGAACUCGAGUAUUUUGGAACUAGAUGGGAAGGAGGUGUCCGAAUUCACUCCGUCCAAACCGCGGGAGAAGUGGAUAAGGAAGAGGACACAUGUGAAGAUCAGGAAUGUUACAGCAAAUCACCGCGUGAAUGAUGCCGUGUUUAAUGAGGACGGCCUUCAGGUAGUCAUGGGUCGCUUCAUGUACGGGCCGCUGGACAUGGUCACACUGACAGGAGAGAAGGUGGACAUCCACAUCAUGACGCAGCCUCCAUCCGGUGAGUGGGUGUACUUCAGCACAGAACUAACCAAUAGCAGCGGCCGGAUAUCCUACGUGAUUCCGGACAGCAAACGGCUGAGCAUCGGAGUGUAUCCGGUCAAAAUGGUGGUCAGGGGCGACCACACAUCUGCUGACAGUUACCUGACCGUGCUGCCGCCCGGCACAGAGUUUGUCGUGUUCAGCAUCGACGGCUCUUUUGCCGCUAGCGUGUCCAUCAUGGGCAGCGACCCUAAAGUGCGAGCAGGAGCGGUAGACGUAGUCAGGCACUGGCAGGACUUAGGCUACAUGAUAGUGUACGUGACGGGGCGGCCAGACAUGCAGAAGCAGCGUGUGGUGGCCUGGCUUUCACAGCACAACUUCCCUCACGGGAUCGUGUCCUUCUGUGAUGGACUCGUACACGACCCCCUCCGACACAAAGCCAACUUCCUCAAGGCUCUCAUCACAGAGGCACAUAUGAAGAUCUUCGCUGCUUAUGGCUCCACCAAGGACAUCUCCGUGUACUCGUCACUUGGUCUGCCGCCAUCACAAAUCUACAUUGUGGGGAGACCAACAAAGAAAUUACAAUACCAGUGUCAGUUCAUCGCCGAUGGCUACGCGACUCAUCUUUCCCAGCUGGAGUACAAUCAGAGAUCGAGACCCGCCAAGACCGGCAGCGCUCGCAUGGUCCUCCGGAAAGGCAGUUUCGGGCUGGGCGGCAGUGGCGACUUCUUGCGGAAGCGCAAUCACCUGCUGCGCACCAUCUCCUCGCAACCCACGUCCUCCACACCGCCCGUGCCGGUAGGCCGACCCGAACGUGCGCAGAGCCAAUCAGAAUGUGACCGCGAGCGGGCCGAACGUGCACAGAGAAGCAUGAGCAUCGCUACCGGCUGCUGGGGCCGAACCAGCAAACUUGAGGGCGGAGCCCUGAGCCCGAAAUAGGCUCCUCCCACCGGGUCCAAAUUCCGGAGGCACUUCAUUGGGCACAUGGGCUGCAGGAACACGA